CGUCAUCAACGAAUCCCAAGGUAGCUGGUCCAUCGGCUCAUCCACCUUUGAUAUACCACCAGCAGCAACUCGCCAGACAACACAAAUGUCCUCCCCGGCCACCAAAAGACCAAAAUUUCUCAUAAUCGUCGCAGACGAUCUGGGCUACAGCGACACGAGCCCAUUCGGCGGCGAGAUCAACACGCCAAACCUGGCACGGCUCGUCUCCGACGGCAAUGGACGGCUGUUGACCAACUUCCACACGGCUUCGGCCUGCUCGCCGACGCGAUCCAUGCUCUUCUCCGGCACCGACAACCACAUCGCCGGCCUGGGCCAGAUGGCUGAGAACAUGCGCGCCCACGCGGACCUGUACAGGGACAAGCCGGGCUACGAAGGUUAUUUGAAUUUCCGAGUCGCUGCGCUCUCGGAAGUUUUUCAGGAUGCCGGGUACCAGACCUUGAUGACGGGCAAGUGGCAUCUCGGUCUGACUCGCGAGACCUCGCCUCACGCACGUGGUUUUGAAAGAUCUCAUGUCUUUCUCUCCGGCUGCCACAACCAUUACAAUUUCGAGCCGCAGCUAGAGGAUCCCGCCCACGGGCUUGGGGACGUGAUUAGUCAGGCGAAAUUCUGGAUGGAGGACGAUCGGUUCCUUGACAGAACCAAGGACCUCCCCAAAGAUUUCUACUCGUCCACCUUUUACGGCAACAAGAUGGCCCAGUACCUCCGAGAGCGCGCCGGGUCCGACAGGCCAUUCUUUGCCUAUCUGCCCUUCACGGCCCCGCACUGGCCCCUGCAGGCGCCGGCCGACCUGGUCGCCAAGUACAAGGGCGUCUACGACGACGGACCGAGCGCGCUGCGGGCCCGGAGGCUCGAGAGGUUGGUCGAGUUGGGGAUCGUCAAGGCCGGAACGGAACCGGCGCCGAUGGUCGGCCGCAAGAUCCGGGUUUGGGACGAGUUGUCGGCGCAGGAAAAGGCCGAAUCUGCCAAAAAGAUGGAAGUGUAUGCUGCCAUGGUCGACGGCAUGGACGCGGCCAUCGGAACGGUGCUCGACCAGCUCGAGGCCGAUGGCGAAUUGGACAAUACGUUUGUUUUGUUCAUGAGCGACAACGGGGCCGAGGGCGCGAUGCUCGAGGCGCUGCCGAUGAUGGGUGGGGGGAAGAGCUUUGCGCAGAUCCUGGACACGUAUUACGAUAACCGGCUGGAAAACAUGGGCAACAAGGACAGCUACAUUUGGUACGGCCCAGAAUGGGCUUGCGCGAGCAUGGCGCCGAGCAGAGGGUUCAAAACGUGGAUUACAGGAGGCGGCAUCCGCUGUCCCUGUAUCGUGCGGUACCCAGGAUCCGGCCGGGGGCAGGCGCAGAGCAGAGAAAAAUCGCAGCCGACCCCCACGACGGACUCGUUCGCUACCGUCAUGGAUAUCUUUCCAACACUGUGCGAGCUGGCGGGCGUCCCCCUGCCCGAAAAGACGUUCCGCAGCCGAGAGGUCGUGCCGGUAAGGGGUUCCUCGUGGGUGCCGCACCUUUCAGGUGCGACGGGCAGCUUCCACGACGAGGAGCAGCACAUCACCGGGUGGGAGUUGUUUGGACAGCGGGCGAUUCGACAGGGACCGUGGAAAGCAGUGUGGAUGACGGAGCCGAGAGGAAAGGAGAAGUGGGAACUGUACAACGUCGAGCGGGACCCAGGGGAGCUUCACGAUGCUGCGGAGUCGGAGCCGGAGUUGCUGGAAAAGAUGAUUGAGCACUGGGAGACGUACCUCGCCGAGACGGGGCUGUAUGAUCCAGGCGUCACAUCUGCGUUUACGAAGCUGUGAGCUCCCGGGUGUCAGCAAGCAAGGUAGUCGAAACGUACAAAGUAGGUAAUACAGGGCACGUGGUUGCCGAUCCGAAUCAUACACCAAUGACAACCCUCCAUGGUGACUGCGGCUCCCUCGCCGCAUCCAUAGAAUGCCUC